CGUUAGUCAAAUGAUCAUUUAGGCGCCAUUACUGAUUAAAAUGUCUUUUGUUCUGGUGCCCAUUCUCGUUAUCAUUCACGUUUUAUCUCAGUCUAAUUGCUAUGUUCAGCGAGGCUUGGAAGACCCGUACGCCGAAACGCCGAAGUGUGAACCUAUACGUAUAAAGGCAUGCCAGGAUCUACCAUAUAAUAUCACAAUAUUCCCUAAUGAUAUGGGACAUGCUACCCAAGAUGAUGCCGCGCAAGAAAUUGGCCAAUAUACACCGUUACUUCGUACAUCUUGUAGUUCUUCCUUGAAGUUGUUUUUAUGCUCAUUAUUUUUCCCUGUCUGCACUGGAAUGAAAAAGCCGUUACCUCCCUGUCGAUCUUUGUGUGAACAAAACCGUAAAGACUGUGAACCACUUAUGCGGGGUUUCCACUUUGAAUGGCCAGAAAUCAUGAACUGUAGUCGUUUCCCAGAGGAUUCUUUGUGUAUAGCUGAAAAUAAGACAGAAAAACGAGUUUCUAAGGUACCCUCGUUUGUGUGCCCUGUCCAUAUGAGAGUUCCAUUAAGUUUCGAAUUCCGUGUAAGAAUGGGCCAAAACCAAGUUAUUCAAGACUGUGGGAUUCCCUGCGGUGAUUUUCUUUUCAGUGAUUCUUCUUCCAGGAAGUUUUCUCGCCUAUGGAUUGGUCUCUGGAGUUGCCUAUGCGCAGCUUCCACAUUAUUUACAGUUCUCACCUUCCUCAUUGAUAUGCCUCGCUUCCAAUAUCCCGAAAGACCGAUUAUAUUCCUGUCAGCUUGUUAUCUAAUGGUGGCUCUUACAUAUGUUGCAGGUUUUAUUUUAAAUAAUGAUGUCGCUUGUUCUGGGCCUUUCCCAGCACCACAAUCUCUUAGUGGUCAGAUUGAAAUGCCACGAUUAGUUACUCAGGGAACAAAGUUUGAAGGAUGUAUCAUUUUAUUCAUGUUACUUUAUUUCUUUUCAAUGGCUAGUUCUAUUUGGUGGGUGGUUUUAACAAUCACUUGGUAUUUAGCUGCUAAAUGUCAUUGGGCACAUGAAGCUAUAUCACGUAAUGCACAGUAUUUACACUUUGCUGCAUGGGCUAUUCCAGCUGCUAAAACGAUUGGAAUAUUAGCUUUGGGAAAAGUUGAUGGUGAUCCACUCUCAGGUGUAUGCUUUACCGGAUUAACAGAUCCAAUUAUAUUGAGAGCAUUUUUAAUUGCACCAUUAUGUUUGUAUCUUUUGAUUGGAACUUGUUUCCUGUUUGCUGGUUUUGUAUCAUUAUUUAAAAUCCGUACAAUUAUAAAAACUGGAGGUUCAAAAACAGAUGACCUGGAAAAGUUAAUUAUGCGUAUCGGUGUAUUCAGUUUACUUUACAUUGUGCCAGCAUUAGUAGUCAUCGCCUGUUAUUUACAUGAAUCCAGAAUGUCUGAAAAAUGGAUGCUUACAUGGUAUACAACUGAAGUAUGCCGUAAAGUCGAUCCUAAUCAGCUAGCCGAUUCUAUAUGUCCUGGACAUUUCAAACGACUAGUUGAAGCUGGUGGUUCAACAUCCCGAUCAGAUAAUUCUGAUACUUCUGUUACUGAAAAUAUAUUUUCCAAAAUAUCUGCAUUAGAAAAGCCUGAAUUUGAAUUAUUUAUGAUUAAAUAUCUGAUGACAUUGAUUGUUGGUAUAACAAGUGGUAUCUGGAUAUGGAGUGGUAAAACACUUGUAUCAUGGCAACGUUUCUUCGCACGAGUUUUUCGUCGUUGUAAUUGUUGUGGUAACAAAAAUAUUGAUUUAACUGCUCCAAGUGCACGUUCCGGUCUUGUUGUUGCUAGACGAGGCGUUCAACCGAAUGCUUUACCAACCGGUGUAACAUCAAAUCCUGGUUCUGUUCCCUUGUUAACACGUACAGUACAAUCAUCUCAUCCAGUACAACCGUAUAUUUUCAGUCAAGAUACAACGACAACUACUAGUGGAUGGGCAUCGAGAGGCGCACCGUCUGGAGUAACUGCACCACCAGAUAUUUCGUCAACUCCUGUGAGUUAUGCCUCCCAACCUAAUUGGCUAGCUACCGGUCCAAAUCCAGUUCAAAUUAAUGUUGGCCUACAAUCUGGUCUGGUCAAUACAAAUGCACAAAAUGUCGUGCCCACUAAUUCUGGCCUAGGUUUACUAUAAUUAUGACCAAUGUAUUGUCAAUAUCUUUAAUCAAUGCUCCUCCUUCCAAAGUCUACAAGAAAAGAAGAAUAUCUAUUUAAUCAUGCUAUUAAUUUUCACUAUUGUUAUGUAUCAUUAAUUCAUCUGUAAAUUUACUUGACAUCAUAUAAAUGUUAUUUUAAAAAUACCAUUAUGAAUAGUACACCCGUAAAGAAUAGUAAUCAUUUGUUCCAUUUAAUUCUUCCAUCUAUACCUCACUUUAUAACAUGUGAAGUUAACAAUCAGUCAUUAUAUUUAGGUUCUUUAUACUCAGUAGUAGUAGUAGUAGUAUUAGUAGCAUUGUAUGACUUAUAAUCUAUCUGUGCAUGUUAACUAUUAUAAUAGCUUAAAAAUCAUUGAAGACAAAACAAAGUAAUCGCUUCACUUUAUUUGUUUUCAGUUUUAUUGUGACUACUGUAAAUUGUAAGAUAUGCAUUUGAGUGUGUUUUUUUUAAUUCAUUUAUUUAUCUAUUUAUACCUAUUUUCUUUGCUUUCAAAAACACUGGUUAUAUAUUUGUGUUUAAUUACAAAUGAACACGUUUACAUCGACCCUUUUUCGUGUUUUGUACAAACAUACAUUUCAUUAUGAAGAACGAAAAAGUACCAUUGUAGUAUGCAGCUGCGCUAAUUAACUGGCUUCCUCAUUCUUAUUUUGUAUUUACAUUUUAUUCACAUUUUAGAAUUUGUUUACAUUGUUUGUUGUUUUAUGGUUAUAUACAUUUAAUUUAAUCUGCAUGUAUGGAUUAAUGUCUGUAUUAUUUAAAGACUUUCUUUUUAUUAUACCCAAAGUGAUUAUCGAAUACGAUUUCCAGUGAUGCAGACAUACAUGAGAGUCAACAACAGCUAACAAGAAGUGUAUACUUCUUAAUGAUGACAACUUUUGGUUGAUAAUAUAUUAUUCCUUUUUUUUUGUAGAAUGUAAUUUUUUUUUUAAAACUGCUAUCUUCCGAUUUUUCAUUAACUAUUUGUUUAGUCGACUUUCCUUCUUAUUUUUAUCUUUAUUUUUUGUUUGCUUCUAAUCACCACUUUAUUUUUAUUUGUUUGAUAUUUAGCACCAAAACAAAAAAUUUUUUAAACGAUUAUUCCCUGUUGCCAUUUUCUCAAUUUCAAUGCAUAAACCAACCAGCCAGCCACCCAGCUAUUGGACAUAAUUUUUAACACUUUUUUUUAAACAAAAACUUUUUCUGUCACCUUUUUUUUGUUUGGAAAAUCACAUUAUUUUUCGUGGUUGCGUAUUUUCCUAGGGUACAUUAAAUUUCUUUUCUAUUGUGUCAUUUAAAACUCAAGACUAUCAAGGUUAACAAAUUGAACAUACCAGCUAAUAUAUUUCCUGCAAUCAACUAUAUAACAUCUAAUAUGGUGGUGAGAGAACACAAUAUUAUAACAACUAACUAUCAACCAGUGAACGUCACCUUCUUGAAUCAAGUCAUUCAGCUGAAAUACGUUUGCUGAAGCCUCUGUUGACAAUGUGAUAGAGGUUACAGAAUAGAAUUGCUGCUUGAAUGGACAAUUAUGUAGUACUUUCUAAUUUUUUUUCAGUAUAUUUAUAUCUUACCGGUUCAUUUUUUUUCAAAUAUAUUUGCAUACUACUUAUUGAUCUGUAAUCUUCAUCUGUACAUAUAGAAAAUCCAAUCACAUUAUUAAUAUUAUUAUUAUUAUGAAUAUUAUCAUUAUUCUUAUUAUGUUUGAUGAAAUGAAGAGAAGAAAUGUUGUCGUUAUUGACAUAUUUCCCUUGAAAUGAUGACAAAUCUAAAUAAUUAACUGUCAAUAAAUCUAUUGUUAUUAUUAUUCACUGAUAGAUUUCACGUUCACAACUAUCUACAAAUUAAUGAGUAAGCUUAACUGUUUUUUCAAUUUAGAAAA